AUGUCCGGGCGAGCUGGAGGGAAGGAGGGAGGAAAAGGAAAGGGAGCGACAGCAAAGGCAGGGAGGAAGUUGGACAAAGACAGUGAAGUAAAGAAGGGAACGAUGAAAGAGGUCAACAGUCGCACCGCCAAGGUUGAGAACCCAACGGCUUCGAAGGAGGUCGAGAGGUACAAGAAACCCUCAAUGGCGCCGACGAAGAAUGCAGCGACCUCCAAGGCCAAAGGAGGGGAGAACAAACCAGAAGUAUGGGAGAACGCAGCAGAAGCUCAACACGUAGAGGAACAGCAGGCGAUUGUGGAGUCUGCUCCCGCUGAUUCUGAGGUCGCUUGCACGAAGACAAGGAGGAUGGGACGAGACCUCUUGAUGGAGGAGGAGACAGAAGUGUCGCCCACCAGGAUCACCAUCAAACUGAUCGCGCUGAGGUGCAUCGGUGAAGAUAGGAUCGCAGCGAUGAAGCCGGACGAGCUUGCUGAGGCGGUGCUGAAGCUGACUCACAUCAGACUAGAAGCAGAAAACAUCGCCCAGAUCGAGAACCUGGAGGCCCUGGGCAGGGUGACCCACCUCUACCUGCAGGAGAAUCGGAUAACCAAGAUCGAGCACCUCGAAAGUCUGCAUCACCUCCAGCUGCUGUCCCUUGCCUCAAAUGACAUCAUGGACAUCGAGAACCUAACAUGCCUGCGGAGCCUGAAGGCUCUUGACAUCGGUUACAACCUCUUGGACGAAGUUCCACCCGGAGAGCUUCCCAGCAGUCUGCUGUUCCUGACAACAGAUGGAAAUCCUCUGCGAAAGAUGGACGACGGCGCAUGGGGUCGGGUCUACAAGUCCCUACCAAACUUGAGACAGCAUGACUGCAAGGAUGUUGUCGUCGAUGAGGACACAGACGAAGGCGACGGCGAGAGUGCGGAGGAGGAGGAGGAGGAGGAGGAAGUCGGCGCAGGUGCUGACGGCGGCUCACCGUCGGCAGCUGCAGGGCGCGCUUCAAUGCGAGAUUUUGACCAUUUCGACCGAGACUUCGUGGCCCAAAUCAAAGACUUCGAGUACCAGCGCAUUCAGCAAGCACAAAUGUUCUUCGAAAUGUCGAUGGAGGGGCUGCGUGAGCGACGUCGGAGGAUGAUGGAGGUAAAAGUGUCGGGUGCACUUUAG